UUUACGGCGGCUCCUCCUCCCAGUCCAGUCUGAUGGCCACCAUCGUAGAGUUUGUCCUGAAGGAGGAGCCACUGGACGUGGAGAAGAUGAGGAAAUGUCUCCUCAAACAGCUGGAGAGGGCGGAGGUGCGGCUGGAAGGAAUCGACACCAUGCUCAAACUGGCCUCCAAGAACUUCCUGCUGCCGUCGGUCCAGUACGCCAUGCUGUGUGGGUGGCAGAGGGUGGUUCCUGAGGGAACCGACAACGGGGAACCUCUGUCCGACUGUCUGAAGGACGUGGAUCUCAUCCCGCCCUACAACCGCAUGCUCCUGGAGGUCACCUUUGGAAAGCUGUACUCCUGGUCCAUCCACAACAUCCGUAACAUCCUGCUGGAGGCCAGUGUCCGCUUCAAGGAGCUGGGUGUGCAGCCUGUUCCUCUGCAGACCAUCACCAACGAGAACCCGGCAGGUCCAAGUCUCGGCACCAUCCCACAGGCCCGCUUCCUGCUCUCCAUGAUCCACAUGCUGUCUCUUAAACAUGGCUCCAACAGCCUGAGUCUGCUGCUGAACUCUGGUCUGCUGGCUCUGACCCAGACCGUCCUCAGACUCAUCGGUCCGAGCACAGACAGCAGUGAGGAGGAGCUGAGCUCCUGUGCUCACGGAAGUUCAGCCACAGUUCUGGAGGAGUCCAGGAAGGAGGCCGCUCCGGCUCCACUCCCAGCCUCCGGCCCUGAACUGGCGGCCCUCAUGAAGAUCGGUACCAGAGUGAUGAGAGGAGUUGACUGGAAGUGGGGAGACCAGGACGGCCCUGCUCCAGGUCUAGGCCGGGUGAUCGGGGAGCUGGGAGAGGACGGUUGGAUCAGGGUCCAGUGGGACACCAGCAGCACCAACUCCUACAGGAUGGGAAAAGAAGGGAAGUACGACCUGAAGCUGGCAGAACCUCCACCUGCUGCUCAGCCUCCACCUGAAGACUCCGACACAGAGGAUGACACAGAAGGUGAGCUGAUGGAGAAGAGCAGCCACCCGACGGCCAUGAUGCUCACCAGCACCGUCAACCUGCUGAAGACCCUGUCCCUGUCAGCGGGGAUCCAUGCAGAGGUUCUGCAGACGGACGCCACCAGAACCUUGUGUGGUCUGCUGAGGAUGCUGGUGGAGAGUGGAGCCAACGACAAGUCUGGGUGUCACGCUCACAGACUGGUGUCUCGGGAGCAGCACAGGAGUUGGUGCACCCUGGGCUUCAUCCGCAGCAUCGCGCUGAUGCCCCAGAUGUGCACCACCCUCAGCACCUCCGCCUGGAUCAACUUGCUCAUCAGAAUCGUGGAGGGUCACCAGUCCUUCAACGCCGUCACCCUGCAGAGACAGAUCCUGGCGCUGCGCCUCCUGCAGGCCGUCCUGCCCUCCUGGGAGAAGUCAGAGCGCUGUCACGACAUGAGGUUCUUGGUGGAGAAACUCUUUGGCUUCUUGGGAACCUUGCUGAGCACCUUUCUGAGAAUUUGGUUCUCGUUCCAAAACUUCACCGUCCUCUCCACAGAGGGCUCCCUGCGGCGGAGGAAGUCCCGCCCCCAGGCAUCACUCACAGCCACUCACAGCAGCACGUUGGCUGAGGAGAUCGUGGCCGCGUUGAGGAGCCUCCACUCUCUCAGCCAAUGGAACGGCCUGAUCAACGAUUACAUCAACACACAGCUGGGCGCCGUGGGAGACGUGAUGGCCGGCUGCCAGUCUGAAGCAAGCUUCCUGGAGGAAUAUUUUCCAGAGUCCGACUCUCCCGGGGUCGGCAGUCUGAUGGCGGUGCUGGCUGUGAUCGGAGGGAUCGACGGACGCCUGAGGCUCGGAGGUCAGGUGGUCCACGAAGAGUACGGGGAAGGAACGGUGACGCGCAUCACUCCAAAAGGACGAAUAACAGUGCAGUUCUACGAGAUGAGAACCUGCAGAGUUUGUCUGCUGAGUCACCUCAGACCGGUCGCAGCUCUGACCUUCAGUGUUCACAACCUGCCCUUCACUGACACCAUGCUGACAGUCUGGGCUCAGCUGGUCAGCCUGGCUGGGAGCAGACUGGAGAAACAGAGGCUGAAGAAGUCCCUGAGCCGAGGCCUCCCAGCCGACCAGGUGGACGUCCACCUGCUGCGCUGUCAGCAGCUGCGACUCUACAUCCUGAAGGCAGCUCGAGCUCUGCUCUCUCACCAGGACAAACUGCGUCAGAUCCUGUCCCAGCCUGCGGUGCUGGACGUCGGCUCCAGCCCCAGUGAGGACACGGUGGUGACCUCUCCUGAUGUCGGUGACCUUUCGCCUGAAGGUCCACUUCCUCCACUCAUCCUCCUGCAGCAGCUGCUCUCUGCUGCCACCCAGCCGUCGCCAAUCAAAGCCAUCUUUGACCGUCAGGAGAUGGAGGCAGCAGCUCUGGCCGUCUGUCAGUUCCUGGCUGUGGAGUCCACUCACCCGUCGUCUCCUGUGUUGGAGGAGAGCAGCUCCAGUGAAGCCACCACACCCGUCACUGUCCAACACAUCCGACCGCCCAAACAGAAGAAACACAAGACCUCACCUGUGCCGCCGUUACCCAUCGUCCUCCAGCUGAUGGAGAUGGGCUUCCCACGCAAGAACGUCGAGUUUGCCCUGAAGUCACUAUCAGGAAGCACAGGGGGCGCCGGUGGGACACCAGGUGUGGAGGCGCUGGUGAGCUGGCUGCUGGACCACCCAGACGUUCAUGUCACUGAGACAUCAGACGUAGACACCGUGUCAGACGAAUACUCUGAAGAGGAGGUGCUGGAGGAGCUGGACGAGGCGGAGCCCACCUUCUCCAUGCCCGCAGGUGCCGUGGUGACGGAGAGCCAGACGUUCAAGAAAAGGUCAGACUUUCAAAGCAACGACGACUACGCCGUCUACAUCAGAGAAAACAUCCAGGUGGGGAUGAUGGUGAAGUGCUGCAGAACGUACGAGGAGGUGUACGACGGAGACGUGGGCAAGGUGAUCAAACUGGACAGAGACGGACUGCACGACCUGAACGUCCAGUGUGACUGGCAGCAGAAAGGAGGAACCUACUGGGUCAGAUACAUCCACAUCGAGCUGCUGGGGUUCCCAGCACAAAGUUCUCCAUCUCACAUAAAAAUUGGAGACAAAGUGAGAGUCAAGCCCAGUGUGACUACACCAAAGUACAAGUGGGGAUCUGUCACUCACAGGAGUGUGGGCGUGGUCAAAGCCUUCAGUGCCAACGGGAAGGACGUGAUCGUGGACUUCCCUCAGCAGAGCCACUGGACUGGUCUGCUGUCUGAGAUGGAGCUGGUUCCCAGUGUUCACCCCGGAGUCAGGUGUGACGGCUGUCAGAUGUUCCCUAUCAACGGUCCCAGGUUCAAGUGCAGGAACUGUGAGGACUUUGACUUCUGUGAGAACUGUUUUAAGACUUGUAAACACAACAGCCGACACUUGUUUGGACGAAUCAACGAACCUGGUGAGAGAUUUUCAUUUGACUCCUCCCAUUUUUUCACGUCAACUUUCCUUCCGUGGGACAGAUCAGAGGUCGCUGACCUCUGAGGAGCCAUACUGUUAAAAAAAACCCCAAACAUUUAAUGAUGUUUGACCCUGAUCACGGUCUCUGUC